AUGGCCACCGAAGAAGGCGCGGAGACAUACAAAAUUCAGGUGACACCCCUUCAGCCAAGGUCUUCCAAUCUUCGUACAUAUUCACGCAAGAAGUCAAUCAGCAAGCUGCCGUCACUCAAGCCAUCCCAGAAACAGUAUCCUGUCAAGCCACCGCAACAAACUCAGCUAAAUCUUCGAGUGACGAAGACACCGAGUAACGUUUCGAAGGCGGCUGAGCCAAGACCCUCGAAUCGCAUCGAGGUUGUCAUUCCGGAUACAGAGAGUGCUAGUUUCGAUCCUCAUGACUACGAUGACGCCUAUGUUGGUGAGGAAGAGGAUGAAGUCGUGGAUGACGACGUGGGCGGCAAUGAAGUCGCGGAGAACUAUGAAGUGGUAUAUGCAAGCGAAGGUGAUGGUGAGAAUCUGAACACAACAAGAAGAGAGUGUACGUGUGUCUUCCUCCCGCCCGGCGCAGGGGAAGACGUGUAUAAUAUACCAGAUGACUUACCAGAAGACUUGCCGCCUGUCGUACCCAAUAACAGUGAUCGCCAGAAGAAGUCCAACGGCAGUGAACGCCAGAAGGACCCGGUCCAGGUUGUAAUGCCAUCAACAACACCACACUUCACGCAACAGAUGAGACGCGGCCGACCGCCCGGCAAUGGUCCUCGACGCCCUCACCUAAUCUUCAACAAGCUCCCUUCGAGAAACCGCUUCAAAAAGCUCCCGCAGAAAUCCGGACGACAGACCUCGGCUCUCCGCUCCAACCCAGGCGACGGCUUCUCAGACGAUGAAAUCAAACGCUCUGGCCUCGUACUCCGUCGCAGUGCGAAGCAAAACACAUCAAUCACACGCGUGGCUGACACUGAUAUCCCCCGCAGACCACCACUUCCCAGGCUCAAGCAGGACAAGAGAAGGGCAGACUCGGAGGACAGUGUUUUCGAGAUCAGACCAAGAAAGAGGACAAAAUGCAACCAAGAGCAGCCAGACUCAAUCGCCAAUCGGUCAACUCAAUGGAGAUCAACUCCUCGGCUUGCAGUCCCAACACAGAUCCUCAUUCCACCUCUCCGCCAGCCCAGUAAUCCCAAGGCCAGGGUUAUCGUCCAUCCACCCACAAGUGAUGAGGAUGAGGAAUCAGAGUACAGCCCAGACGACAGAGUCAUUAUCCCCCAAAGCAGAGACUUCAUUACCUCAUCAGACUUGCGAACCACUGAGGACGAGGAGGAGGAGGACGAGGAGGAGGAGGAGGAUGACGAGGAGGAGGUGGAGGACGAGGAGGAGGAGGAGGGCAGUGGUUAUGCAACAUACAUCUCCGAGACUUUCACCGGAGGCCAACGAUCGAGCUCAGUACCUGUCGAGCCCACAGUACAGAGUGACAGUGCAGGCAACGGGGUGGAUGCCGGGGUGCAGAUUACUCAGGGGCUGGAAGAACGGAGAGGGUUGAAGAGGAGUAAGACGCAGUAG